AUGAGUGGAGGAGGGGCGUCUAGCGGCUGCAAGGGAGAUUUGAUGACGACCAAAAAAGGCAAGAUUCAGAAACCAUGUCGUGAUGCUCAGAGCUGCCGCAAAGGAAGCAAAACGCGUCUUUGGUGCCCGACUCAAGAUGCGUCGCAUCCCGGUAGACCCGUGCCCACCGAUGUCACCCUCCAGGUGUCAUGCAAGGUCAUUACCCAUCAGGGGCAAGGGAAAGGGGCCCCUGAACAGACCCAGAGUGAAGCAGGAACGGAAAAGAAAAAGGCUGGCUUCGACAAGGACAGGGAUGGGGAUAGGAAACCCCCUGAUCACAUUUGGGGGCCUGGUCUGUUCUUUCCUCCUGUCACCCUGUUCCUGGGGGCCUGGUGGGAGAGACGGAAGCUAGCGUGGGCAGGGGUUGAGAGGGAGGGAGGGGAGGGCGAGGGCUUGCCCCCGCGCCCGCCAGCCCGUCGGUCCCAACUGCUGCGUUGCCGCCUCCAAGGGCAAGGCGAACCCGAGGAUGCAUCAACCCACAUCCAAAAGAAAGAAGAACAAGCGGGCGGAAGUAGGAAAGCGCAAGCGAGCCGGAGACCUGCAGCAGGAUACGUUCCAGCCCAAGGCUCGGGACAUGAUUCCGGCAACUGUUGUUUGUAUAAUAAGUUGGGGGCGUGGGCGAGAAAAAGCGACGAGGCCAAUAAUGGAAGAGGGCGGAACCCGCGCCUUCCGGCCGGUAGACCUGUCGUUUUUCAGCCCACCACGCCCCCAAUAUUCCCGCUGCUUGACCUUUCGGUCUGGCGGUGUGGGGGACAUAUCAGAGGGAACGAGCCGGAGAGCAUACGGAUGGAGGGAAAGGAGGGGGGUGUGAUGGAUGUGGGUUGGGGGCCAGAGUUGAAGGCCCAUGUUCUCCCCCAUGUACCUAGUAUCUGCCUGGGUGCCUGGCUUCCCGCGCAUAGCGGCAAACACGUAGUAACAAGGGGUGCGGCGGAGAAGAAGAACAGAAGACAGAAGAAAAGGCGGGAAAUUGAGAUUCGGCAGGAGCCAGCUGGCCCCCUCGCCGCCGUUAGUGAUCGGCGAUAUGGGUGGAGUAAACGAGCAGCUUGGAAAAGAGAAGAACGAACGGGGAGACAGGCAAGCUACUUCCGCCACUUCCAUACCAUGCUCGAAAUCAUUACGUCUGACAACCAGCGUCAAUCUCGGACCUUUGAGGAACCCAUACGACGUGGGGACUGGACGGACAGCGGGCAGCGGGCAGCCGCUGGCCAGGAAGGGCUGGCAACACAUCCUGUGCUGGACAGGGCAAGGGUGAGGGCAAGGGUGAGGGCAAAGGCGGAGGGAAUGGAGUCAGAGAGGCGGGCAGGUUCAGCGCAGCAGCACCAAAAGGCUGGUGACAGUCAGCAGAACGACAAGACGGACGUUCCCCGGUUCCAAAGAGGAACAGGAGAAGACGGGGUACCGGGUGUACGGAACGAAGCCGGUGCGGUGGCCGGCCGGAUUGAAACAGCCAGUCACCAGAGUAUCGGUGAGGGUUUCGAGGAGCGGGAUAGAGAAGAGGAGGGAGAGCGUGUGAGAAAAGAAAGGGGUCCAAGCUCUCCAACGCAGAGGCGCGGAGCAGGCUGCCAAAAGCGGGCAAAUGGGCGCCUUGAUCAGACUGGUCUUGAGUCAAUGGAUCGCCCUCUUGGAUUUGGCAUAGCGUCAAUCUGCCCUGGAGGCAGGCGCAGAGGUGGGAGUGGCAGAACAGGGAGGAAAGGAGCGAGCAAGCAACAAGCAGGCACGACCAGCGAGAUUGACAUCUCUAGAGAUGGGCGGCUACCAAGCCCAAAUCCGACAAUUCAAGCGAGCUUCAUUGCCAUGUGGGGGAACGUGCAGCUCCUGGCCUCAAUCCCAGGCACCCAGCCGGCGGGCAGAAUGCCACAGUUCCACCCCGAGUCCGAUCGAUCAGUCAGGGCCGGCUUUGCGGAGAAGAGCGAGAUGAGAUCCAUUCGUGAUGAGCUCAACCUGCCUGUGCCGUGCAGCAACAUACAUGCACACACACCUACGGACACUCCGGCUGCCGUAAUAUUGAAAGCCCAGACGACCGGCUUCCUGCUGUGUUUGCCGAGGCGACAGAUGGCCGAGUCAAGCCCGAUCACCCAGGCCAAGCUGGGGUUGGACUGUUGUUUGCGGCGUCCGGGAUGGAACCAGCCGAGCUCCUUUUCUCUGCGCGCUGCAACUGGUACCGUCGCAUCAGGCUCCAACGGUGUGGAAACUUUGUUUGACAAGACAUCCCCACCUGGCCAUGGCUUCGGCUUCGACUUCUGGUCUCAGGAGGCCACCACAGAGUCUUGCGGGCUGGUCUGA